UUUCUACCACCCACCUCCGCCGCAAUCCCACCUUCUUCAGCGACAGAUUCGCGUGCGCAUGCACCUGUUUAGAGCACAUCAAUGGCCCGCGGAGGUCGCCGAUGUGGAGCUGCGGUGGGUCACCGCCGCACAAGCGCGUCCCGACACGACAUCGAGGCCGGGCGGUCGGGCCAUGGCGCUCGAACGAGACCAAAGAGCGCGGCACCCUCUCAUGCAGCGGUGGCCGGAGGCGUGGAGCAGCUUUCACGAGGUCAGUGACGUGCUUUGGCCCACCACCAAGGGUCUCUGCGCGGCGGAGAUCGAGCUCCACGCCGUGAAGAAGGCGGUGGACGGCGAUGAAGAUGGCGCCGCCGAGCAGCUCAAGGCGGACAAGGAGGGUUACGAGCUCGCGGCCUUCUAGGACUUUGUCAACACGAGUUUGCCUCAAUGCAAGGCUGGUUAUGUGUCUUUCUUUUGGCAAAAAUGAACAAAUGAGAGAUGAUUUCGACUGUGGUGGAAGAAAUUGCACAAUGACAUCUGGUAUGAAUAGCUUUACUUUUGUUGGUGACAUAGCGAGUUUGCCUCUGUGCAAGGCUUGCUAUAUACUCCCUCCGUCCAGAACUACUUGUCUUAGAAAUGGAAAAAAUGGAUGUAUCUAUAACUAAAAUAAGUCUAGGUACAACCAUUUUGAGGACAAGUAUUUCCGGAUGGAAGGAGUAUCUUUUGUUGUCAAGUCUCAACUUUGUUUAGUCUAUGAAAUGGAUAUUGAUAUAUUAUAUAUUAGUUCACUAAUUACCUUUUGUGUGACUAUUAUAUUUAUGCAUUCCCUUCA